CCUGCCAUAUAAUAAAAAAGAAAUCGUGUAGUUGACAAUAAUAAAAUUGCACACAAAUUGGCAAACCAACAAGACUGCUCUUCAUUUUUCAUUACAUUGUAAAAUCCACGUAUAAAUUACGACCCAGACCGGAGGGGAUAUUCCAGUCUGCAAUGCAACAAAGGAAAUUUUAAGGAAAAUUUACGCCUGAAUGGAGCUGGACAUGACGACAUGAAACAUUAACUUUAUUAUAAGUAGUCCAAUGCCCCCUCUCCAGUCAUGUCGGCCCCCACAAGAUCUCCAUCGCCAAGCCUGGACGCUCCCGCAUCAUCCUCACGAAGUGGUCACUCUAGACCCAGGGCGUCUUCCUGGUGGGAAUUUUUUACCCACUCGCCGCCAUCCUCUCCCCCAAAAUCGGACGCUUCCACCUUCGCCCGAGGUCACUAUCGCACCCCGUCCGUCCCCAUCCCCUCAAUUCAAAUAAAUUCGCCUUCUGAAAAUCCCAGCACAGCGAACGUAACUUUAACCACCAGUUUGGAAGAGGGGGAUAUCAUCAAACCGAGAAAAAACCCGAGAAGAUUGGAACGAAGCGUGUCCUCAUUUGGUGGUUACGAAUGUGGAGAAUCUUCCACUUCGAAUUAUAGUAUUGCCGAGGAAUCGCCCAAGGAUUCGUCCUCCGGUCAAGAAAAUACUAGUGACGCUGCUGAGCCUGAUAAUCAAUGUUUGAUAACCAAAUCAGAGGAAGUCCUCGUUCUGCAAGAUGACGACAAUAGCAGUGAUACCAGCAGUAAGAAAUGGUCGCCUAAACACCUCUUCCUCCAUCCGAUGAGCCUCCAAAAAAAGGGGAUGUUGGCUCCCCCAAAACGUCAAAGAUCAAAGAGCUAUUCUGAUCUGUACGCGAAAGGUGGAAAUAAUAAUAAUGCCGCACAAAAUGAAAAUCUUCUCCCAGAAUUAACUCUCGAAGAGGUUAAAGAGAUCCUGAUUCGGCACAAGCUUAACAAACCGUGUAGUAAGAAAAAUACGGCUGAAAUCACAAAAUCUCCAGAAACGUCGCCAACAGCAGAAAUUCCACCCCCGCCGACACCACCACCCAUGCCAGCCUCCCCUCCGAUGGGGGUGGUCUCCGCCCUUCUACCAGCGGCAUCCCUGGCUUCACUGGAUGGGCGUUUACUGACAGGGAUAAAAAAUUUGAAGUCGCCAAAAAAUUCGCCAAAGGGGGAUUCUCCUGCCCAAUUUCCGGGAUUAGUUUUCGAUGCACGUCCUCACACAGGUCUUAUCGAAGCAUCUUCAACUUCCGGUCGUGGUGGUGUUGGUGGUAGGGCAGCCAGACCGAGGAUGUUGUCCUCACCGACUUGUCUCAUUCCGGACAAUAUCCACACGGCCCCCGUUCUCAUGCAGGGCCACCAUUACUCCUCAGCUCUCAACUUUUUUCGACCUUAUUUCCGAAGAGCGUCACAGUUAUCGGCGCAAGGACUAAUUCUUGCGGAAUCGAUGGUGUCAUUAACAAAUCGGGCGCUCGUGUCUUUCAUUGUCGAAGAUAACUAUUCCGGCCUUCAUCAUCUCUUAGAGUCGCGGCGCGUGGCGGUAGACGAUCGCGAUGAGAAUGGGUCGACAGCUCUUAUGGUUGCAACAGCAAAGGGGAAGCUAAAUUUCGUACGUGCCUUGCUAGAACAUGGUGCUGACAUCAAUGCUGAAGAUGUCGACAAUUGGACGCCGCUGCUGUUUGCAGCACGAGAAGGUUUUGAUGAAAUCGUAGCAGAUUUGAUUGAUCAUGGUGCUGGGCUAGAUCACAAGGACAUUGGAGGAUGGACUCCAUUAAUGUGGGCGUGCUACAAGGGUCGCACGAAAUCAGCAAAGCUUUUGAUAGAAAAGGGAGCGGAUGUCAACAUGUACGGGAGUUACAGUGUUACAUGUCUCGGCUGGGCGGCUGGGAGGGGUCACACCGAAAUCGUCAAAGAUCUUUUAGCGCGGGGUGCCAAAGUUAACGUGGGCGACAAGUAUGGGACAACGCCAUUGAUUUGGGCUGCAAGAAAAGGCUACAUCGAAAUUGUUGAUAUGCUUCUCAACUUGGAGGCCAAUGUGGACGCUUGCGGGAUGACUUCGUGGACUCCACUUCUCGUCGCAGCGGCUGGAAACCAUGUCGAAGUUGUUAAAGCCAUCCUGGAGCAUAAACCGAAUGUUAAUGCAUUGGAUAAAGAUGGCUGUUCUGCACUGACGAUAGCAAGCAAAUCAGGGUUUCACGAAAUUGCUGUCUCAUUAAUUAAUCACGGAGCCUAUAUUAAUAUUAACGACAGAGGAGGUACAUCGAAUUUAAUUCAUGCAGCGAAAGGAGGGCAUAGAUCUAUCGUGGAAGCUUUGUUAAAAAAACAUGCCGAUGUGAACAUGCAAGGAAAAGAUCGAAAAACUGCGUUAUAUUGGAGCGUAGAAAAAUCUCAUAUUCCUGUCGUUAAACUUAUUCUUUCUUGUCAGCCAGAUCUUGAAGUGUCUACUAAAGAUGGUGAUUCUCCAUUGAUGAAAGCCGUUCGGAAUAGAAAUAUAGAUAUUGUUUCCCUUCUAUUGGAUAAACGAGCCAAAGUGUCUGUCGCAGAUAAAAAUGGAGAUACUUGUCUACACAUAGCAAUGAGAGCAAGAUCUAAGCAAAUUGUAGAACUAUUACUCCGUAAUCCAGCCCAUAGUCAGCUUCUGUAUCGACCCAAUCGUGCCGGAGAAACCCCUUACAAUAUUGACAGAGCAUCACCGAAACCAAUUAUUCCACAGAUUUUCGGAUCACGUGGGCUGAAUACUCAAGAAGAUGGCGAAAAUCUCUUGGGAUAUAAUUUAUACAGUAGCGCAUUAGCCGACAUGCUCUCCGAUCCGACAUUAAAUAUGCCUAUCACGGUUGGCUUGUUUGCUAGAUGGGGAAGUGGCAAGUCCUUUCUUUUGGGCAAGCUUCGAGAGGAGAUGAAGUCAUUCGCGCGACAAUGGCUGAAUCCAAUAUUUUCGUGGAAUGUUCUCAUUUUGAUAAUCGUCCUUUGCUUCGCCUCUGUCGUGGGGGUCAUUGCCGGCUUGGCUUUACAAAACUGGAUCGUAGGCGUGGGGUUUGCAGCCGGAGUUACGUUUUUUGUACACGCGUUCCUGUUCUGUGUUUGGUUUUCUAGUCGACGUUCCAAAUAUGAUUGGUCCUGGUCAAAUCGAAUGUCCAGUUAUCUUGCAACUAAGUCAGAAGCAUUGCAACUUGUUUGUCAAGUGAUAUUUUGCCACCCUCCAGGAGCACAGUCUGCGGAUCAACUACAAGCUCAACCGAUCAAUUUUUAUUUUACGGAUCAAACCAAAAUAUCAAGUACAACCGGUGGAGAAAAUUCAGUGGUCCAAAUGCUUGGCUCAUUAUAUACCUGCAUUGAGAAUGACUACGGUGUAAUGAGUUCUCGUCUUUAUAGAGCUUUUCGACCCACACCAGUGGCUGCGACUGCCGACUGGAAAUGGAGAAAGCUGUGCUGCAUUCCAUAUUGUGUGAUCUUUUUAUUUUGUUUCGUCUGCACUUUAGUUGCAAUUGUUGUCCUUGCGUUGCACCUCACAGGAAUGGGUCCAGAGGGUUAUACAACGAGCUUAUCCGUAGUGAUGUACGUUUGUGCCCUCAUAGUUGGGCUGUUACUGGUCGCUAAUCUUUAUACAGUUGGGCAGGUCCUGAAAGCUGUAGUGUUCUCACAUCGGAGACACUUGCAGCGAACCGUUUCAAAGUUGUAUACGAUAAAAGCUGAAGGAUUUUUAAACGCUUUAAAGGCUGAAGUUAAUCUCAUGACGGACAUGAUUCACUGCUUGGAUGCUUUUCAAUCCAGACAGACUAGAAUGGUGGUCAUUGUCGACGGCUUGGAUAGCGCAGAGCAAGAAAAAGUUCUCCAGGUUCUUGACGCCGUCCACAUAUUGUUCUCAGAUGUAAAGGCGCCCUUCGUAAUAUUGCUCGCGAUUGAUCCACACAUUAUUACAAAGAUUUUGCGUAGUCGAUAUGCAUAUAACACAAAAGUCCAGGGGAUCGAAAUGAAUAUCAACCCAGUCCUCAAUGAGUCCAAUAUUGGAGGGCAUGAAUUUUUGCGAAAUUUGGUUCAUUUGCCAUUCUUCUUACAAAAUGCUGCCUUGAGAAAAGUGAAACACGUGAAAAUGCUGGAGAGUUCUAUGAAGAGAAAUAGCAGACUUGAGGAUGAUCCUGGUCCCAAAAUUAUUCUCUCAACCCGACGCCCCUCUGUUGAAUCUGGAUUUGGGAUACCAUUAGGAUUAGAUACAAAAUUUGAAAAGGCUUCUUCCAAAAAACCAAAGCGUUUAGGACUGAAAAUGAGUGAGAGUAUAGCAAGUAGUUUAGGAAGCAACUUGAACAAAGUAACGUCUGGGAUGCCGAUUAUCGGAGGACCAAGCGACUUGAAAAAGAUGUUAUUGGGAGAUGAUUAUUUUUCUGACGUCAAUCCACGAUCUAUGCGACGAUUAAUGAAUAUAAUCCAUAUCACCGGUCGAUUAUUGAAAUGCUUUUCCAUCGAUUUUAAUUGGUACCACUUAUCUGCCUGGGUAAAUGUGACUGAACAGUGGCCCUACAGACUCUCGUGGAUUAUCAUUUACUGUGAGCAUUUUCAAAAAGACUUGGAUGACGGGAUGAGCUUAAAAAGUGUUUACGAACGUGUUCGACAGUUUGUUCCAACUUCAAAAGAUGUCGAUGCAAACGUGACUUUGGAUCGCGACGAAAAAAAACUUGGGAUUUAUCUUGGAAUGCAUAAGGGAUCUCUAUUGGUUUCUACAUUAUACGUUUUUCUACCAUUUACAAUAUCCCUGGACCCACAACUCAGGAAAGAUAUCACAGAACAAUAUCAACCUGUCGACCAAUUAUUCAAAUCAACCACAAAUCUGCAACAACCAGCUCCUGAUCAGCCUUCGCAUGGAUCUUUUCUCCAACCUCAACCCCAAUAUGGACAAGGAGCAGGAGGAGGUCAUCCGCCUCCACAGCCAUCGCCCGCUCUGCGAUAUCGAGGUGGUCCUCAACGCCAACCCAAUCAGCCAGGACUUGCAAUGCCAAAUGGAUACCCACCACAAUUAUUUCCUGGAUUUCCCAAUAUGGCUUAUCAACAAAACAUGUGGUAUCCUCCAGGAAUGCCACAGCAAAUGUAUAUGGGUGGACAACUGGGGGCACCACCGGCAAUACCGGAUUCGUCGAGUAGUAUCAUUGACCCAAUUCUUGCUAGGGAUCUUCGAAGCAAAAAACUGUCAAGCAUGGCAGUUGAAGGUGUCUGUGAUCUUUUGAUAGCUUUAACAGGAAUCAAAUCUAGUCAGUUGACCAAAUACCAAGAAACUGUCCGUAGGAACAAUAUAAAUGGCCGUGUUCUUCUAAGUUGUGAUUUACAAGAAUUGAAAUUGGUGCUACAAAUGACUUUUGGUGAUUGGGAAAUGUUUAAAGCAGCCGUGGUUCUACUGCGGGACAGCGAACACAAGAAUAUUUUUCAGGACAAGUCCAACGAUGACAAUGUGGCGAAUAAUAAUCAAGGAGGGAAAGACAUGGUUCGGAUAAGCGUGACAUCUCCUGGAAGUCCGAUUGACAGAGGCCAAGUGAACAAAUCCCCAAUUGAUAUCGUCGACUCGAAAAAACCACCAACCGGCCAGCAGCAGCAACAACAGCAACAGUUACGACCGAAUGUUUUAGAAAAACAGGUUACGAUGGAAGAACUAAUGAUCUGUGGGGCGCUUGAAGGAUUAAACGACGAAGCACGAGAUGACGCCCGCGCUGGAGAAGGCGAAGAUUCGUCGUGUACGCUCAGUCCAAUUAAUUCAGAACCCGAACCACAGCAGUACGAGCGACGCAAAUCCUCAAAGGCAUACUUAUCUCAGGAUGAAACGGAUGUUCUUUACGUUAUGGGAACCUCUAGUAAUAUUACUGCAGAGCUUCCUGAUUCUCCUUCCAUAGUUCGGAAAUUGAGUGAAGCCGAGGCAAAAUUUUCCGUCGUUAAUGAAUCCUUGCAUCAUGUGAUACAUGCAAAUAAUUCAGGCCAUUUUGGAUCAGUGGCAGCUACUUCGGAACCAAUUUGCAUACCUGGAGCAGCAAAAUCUCCAAGUCGCAGAAAUCGAGCAACGCCAAAUUCGUCGUUAUCUAAAAAUCUCUCCUUUUCGGAAAGUGUGACCAUGUGUGGAUCGUCGCCUAUAAAGUCGAGAAGUUUGGGUGCAAAGGAUUAUAAUAGCAAGUUACACCAGCAUCAGCAACGCUCCUCAAAGUCACCCGCAAAAGAGAGAAAGGUUUCGAGGAGCUUUGCUGCCCAAAUGGAAAGACCGGAACACAGUUCUAGUGAUGCUUCUAGUGAUGAAUCUCAAACGCCACUAGUGAUGAAACCUAUCCCAUCCAGUGAUAAGCAUCGAAAACCGAUUCCAGUAAUCAGACCAGCAUCAAGUCGGCAUCAAUCCAGCGAACCAGCUUCAGGAUCUCAAUCUCCCAAAAAGAAGCGAAUACAACGAGAUGAUUCCAUCGCGUCGAAACUCUCUAGAAUCAGAUCUACCUUGUUUGGACAAUCUCAAGAUUCUCCUCCUGCUGUACCAGCAGCUACUUCACAAUUUCAACAGCAACAAUAUCAUCAUCCACAACAGCAACAGCAGAAUCAACAUCAUGUCGACCCGCAUAAUAUUCCUUGUAGUAGUCAGUUUAGAAAUGAAUACCAUUCCCACCCCGUAAGAUAUGACUUUCCUACAGAAGACUCUUCCGAACCGAGUCAGUAUUUCAAAGAUCACGGCCACCACUGGACUGCAUAUCGAGCUCCCACACCACUCCCACCAUUUGGAAGUGACGAAUAUUACCAAGUCAUCAAAUCGAGCAAUCCAUCUCCUACAACUAGCAACGAGUCCGAAUUGGGCAGUACUCCUGAACACAUUAGUUCAAAAGAGGAACUGUUCCUUCCUGGCCCUCCCCCAGAUUUGCCCGAGUCGCCUUAUCCCAUUAGAGGCAGGGAACAAAUACAAACCCAACCAUCCUCAUCAAUAAAUAACAACACUGGUGGAGGAACAACGGGUAACAACAUGGGUGGUGGAUCUAGCAAAACAAAAUCUAUGGUACCGACCUCUCGAUCUUUUGUACCUGUAAGCAAACCACCACAAUCUCAGCCAAUUAAUAAUAACAGUGAGGAAGGAGGAAGACCAAUUCGCAAAUUGUCAAGAAAAGGAAGAACUGUAGCUUCCUCGGGAGAAGAAGCAGUUAUAUGCCAUUCUGCUAAUAGUAGUACUCGUAGACUUAGGCGAAGGACUUUAAACCAAUCUGACCCAGUAUUAUCAAACUCCUCCAGCCGAGGUGAUAACAUCCACCAGCAAACGUCUCCACACCACGUAGUUGACAUGGAGUUGGUCCCAAUGAUAUCUCAACAGUCGUCUUCUUCCAAACAUGAGAAUCGACCUCAUAACGAAGAAUCCCCAAUGAUGGGGAGCCCUCCAUUAACGAGACAAGAAGCUAUUUCCUCGGAACUUGAGAGUUCUCGAGAAAAUACUCCGCAACAAUGACAACUACUGAGCCAUUCAUUUUGUGAAUAUUCCGUUGCAUAUUUGAUUAUCAGUUUAACAAUUAGCUUUAAAUGGUGUGCUAGUAUGACGGGUACCUUUGAUUUGAUGUUAAUAUUUUAAUGGUACUAAUAAUUGAGUAGUUAGAUAAUGUUACAUAAUGAAUUACUUUGAGUUUGAGUUUUAAAAGACAUUUAUGUAUACGUGUAGCAGGAUGUUAUAUGACUGUGUAAUUCAUAUUUUCAUAUGCAGAAAUAUGAGAUGAAUAAAUUUUCGUUGUUGUUAAAAUUCUAA